AUGGCGGUGUCCAAUCCCCCAGCAAGCCCCAGACUGUCGGCUCAUAUAUCACUCGUCGCGUUCGCUCUGAUACUGUUCGCCCGGCCAUCUCAUGCCACCUACAACUACUUUUCGUUCGAGUACAACAUCACCGACAUCUCACCCUUGCUGAAAUGGGGUAUCCCAAACGUCCACCCAGCAUGGACCACCAACUUCAGCAACCAGUCCACCAGCUCGGCAGCCCCCUUCGCCCUGUGGACUUCGCCGUCUAAAUACAGCGGUCCGGUGGGCUGGGGAGACUCGUAUCACACUGUGCAGCCCCCCCAAAACCUGACCGCAGAACCGCCGCGCCUCGAGUUGCGCACUGAGGCGACUGGGAUACGGAUCCUCGGUUCACGAACACCAAGCACACAGGGGACAGCUCAGGAGAUCAAGUUCAGCGUCGACAAGGAGGCUUUCGACAAUAUUACGGCUGAUAGCUUGGCAGCGCCACAGACAGAAACACUGCUGUCUGUGGACGGGAGGUCAUGGGGGAUGCACAACUUCAUCAUGAAACCUGUGGACCCGGCACGAACGUAUUCUGUACACGGUGUGACGAUCAGGACCCAGUUACUGUCAAACGCAUCAACCUGGGACCAAGUUCCUGUGUCGUAUGAGGAUUUCGUGUUGAACGGAGCCCCCAAUCCCCGCUUCAUCGUCUCAGAUAGCGAGUCAUCACGGUGGCGUCCGGAGAACCGACGCACAGCAGUGAAUGAUGGCCCGAGCGUCGUGACGGAACUCGUUGCAGGCAACUCGUCAACAAUAACAGUCCCCAUUCCACGAGGUACCACCUUCGUCUUCAUCAAUGGGACAUUAGGACCCGACCGCGGGCAAGCACUGGUCAAGUGGAACCCUCCGCCGCCCUUCUUCCCCUCGGAAGGAUGGUACUUUUCUGCCACCUGUGCAUGGAGUGCACCGGCCAUGCUGUACGCCAAGUACCUUGACCCGGACAAGGAGUACAACCUCACCAUCCAGACGCUGAGCAGUGAACUGCACAACAUCACCGCCAUCGGCCUACACAUGCUGGCGUACUAUUCCGCGUCGGCGAACGAGAAUAGUACAUCCCAAGAAGCCACCCCCGGUACGGAGACAGCUACGACGAGUGGGCGUGGCAAGAUCAUCGGCGGCAUCGUCGGUGGUGUGUUGGGCGCCCUCAGCCUCGCUGCCAUCUUUGCGUUCUUUUGGCUCCGGCGCCGCGCUCGCGCCAAGGCCCGAGCAACAGUCCAGGACCCCAAUUACCGCUCGCCGCACAUACAGGAAGUGGACGGCGCCUCGAUCCACUCGACCUCGUCGUCCCAGUACUGUGGCGCCCUCCCGCCCUCGUACAACCCACUGUGGUCCACCCGCGUCCGCUCGAACGUGUCUGGAGUUUUAUCGUCAGGCGAUCAGCUCUUCGCACCUCUCAGUCCGGGACUUGACGAGCCAAGUAGUGGAUUCGUUAAGCUUCCCCACACCCACACUACACCAGACAAGGCGACGACGGUGGAACCGGUCACACCGUUGGCCGACUACAAGCACCCGUAUGUGUUGGGGGCGUUUCAGCGACUCGGUGCCGCGCAGCCAGACCAAGCUGAGGCUCCUCUCGACCCUAACGACUCCCCACCUCCUCCUCUCGACCGUAACAGCUCCCCACCACCUGCCCCAGCACAAGGUGCCCCACUGUCGCCGACGUCACCUCGGUCCCGGCGGCCGCUCCCGACACGACCCACCGCACCAAGCGACUGA